AUGGUGUGGGGCAGGCCCAUAGCACCGAAGGCCCCAGCAAAGAAAGUAACGAGGGGUCAACAACUGGGCGUCCUAGGGAUCCUGCACAGUGGCAGUGAAGAUUUUGAGUCUGUGGAUGAUCUCUUUGAAGCAGUGGGAGAGCUCUUGCAGGAAGUGUCCAGAGACUCGAAAGAUGAUGAGGACAUCCGGGAUAUCUGCCAGAGGAUGUUCAACACCCUCCACCUAGAUGACGAGAACUCUCAGGGGUGCAGCAAGGUGCUGCUAGAUGCGCCAAUUCAACUUUCCAAGGUUACAGACAGCUAUGAUUCUGGCUUGGACCUCUUUCCAAAGCUCUUGCUGAAGAGAGGCCAGACCUCAAUGGUGAAUGCCAAGAAGUUGGCAAAGGCAGAAGCCAGACUAAAGGCCAAGCAGACCAAGAGGACCGAGAGGGAUUCCCUGAACCCUGCUGACCUACUGGUCCUGGAGGAGGCAUCUGCUAGCCAGGUGUCCAGCAAGAAGGAGACUCGCAUGGAGUCAUCGGGCAAGAACAAGUCGUAUGAUGUGCGCAUUGAGAACUUUGACGUGUCCUUCGGUGAGCGAGUCUUGCUAACGGGCACAGACCUGAACCUGGCGUUUGGCCGACGCUAUGGGUUGGUGGGCAGGAAUGGGCUGGGCAAGACCACCCUGCUGAAGAUGAUUGCCAGCCGCAGCCUACGCAUCCCCUCACACAUCAGCAUCCUCCACGUGGAGCAGGAGGUGGCAGGGGAUGAGACGCCAGCCCUGCAGAGCGUGUUGGAGUGCGACACCACCCGGGAGAGCCUGCUGCAGGAGGAAAGGGAGCUGACGGCCAGGAUCAACGCUGGCAAGGGACAAGGCACAGAAGGUGACAGACUUUCGGAAAUCUAUGUCAAGCUGGAAGAGAUAGAGGCAGACAAGGCACCAGCCAGGGCAUCUGUCAUUCUUGCUGGGCUGGGCUUCAACGCAAAAAUGCAGCAACAGACAACCAAAGAGUUUUCCGGGGGCUGGAGAAUGAGGUUGGCCUUAGCCAGAGCCCUUUUUGCCAGGCCAGAUCUUCUUCUGCUUGAUGAGCCUACUAACAUGCUGGAUGUAAGGGCCAUUCUGUGGCUAGAGAACUAUCUGCAGACUUGGCAGUCAACUAUCCUGGUAGUGUCCCACGACCGGAACUUCCUGAAUGCUGUGGCCACUGACAUCAUCCACCUGCACUCGCAGCGGCUCAACACCUACCGGGGCAACUUUGAGAACUUCAUGAAGAUCAAGGAGGAGCGGCUGAAGAACCAGCAACGCGAGUACGAGGCCCAGCAGCAGUACCGGGAGCAUAUCCAGGUGUUCAUUGAUCGAUUUCGCUAUAAUGCAAACCGGGCCUCCCAAGUGCAGAGCAAACUGAAGCUGCUGGAGAAGCUGCCGGAGCUGAAACCUGUAGACAAGGAGUCUGAAGUGAUGAUGAAGUUCCCUGAUGGCUUUGAGAAAUUCUCUCCCCCAAUCCUGCAGCUGGAUGAAGUGGAUUUCAGCUACAGCCCAAGUCACUGUGUCUUUCGGGGCCUCUCUGUUUCAGCCGACCUGGAGUCCCGGAUCUGUGUGGUGGGAGAGAAUGGAGCUGGCAAGUCAACUAUGUUAAAGAUCCUGAUGGGAGACCUGGCACCAGUUCGAGGGAUUAGACAUGCACAUAGGAACCUGAAGAUUGGCUACUUCAGUCAGCACCAUGUGGACCAGCUGGACUUAAACAUCAGUGCUGUGGAGUUAUUGGCCAAGAAGUUCCCAGGGAAGACUGAGGAGGAGUAUCGGCACCAGCUGGGAAGCUAUGGAGUCUCGGGAGAGCUGGCCGUCCGCCCUGUUGCUAGCCUGUCAGGAGGUCAGAAGAGCCGAGUGGCAUUUGCCCAGAUGACCAUGCCUUGUCCCAACUUCUAUAUCCUGGAUGAGCCGACAAACCAUCUGGACAUGGAGACCAUCGAGGCUCUGGCAAAAGCAUUGAAUAAAUUCCGGGGCGGUGUGAUCCUGGUGUCCCACGAUGAGUGCUUCAUUCGCCUGGUGUGCAAGGAGUUGUGGGUGUGUGAGAACGCUACUGUGACGCGCAUCGAGGGUGGCUUCGAUGAGUACAGGGACAUCCUGCAAGAACAGUUCCGAAAGGAGGGCUUUCUAUAAAGGAGGCACCUAAACUCUGUGAGAGCUGACUGGGGGUGGGGAAGUGCAGCAGCCUCAAUAUCUAUCUGAAAGGUGCCUGGUGGAGCAGUGAGGACACCACUUGCACCCCAUGGACUGUCUGCUCUGCCAUCUGGGUUACCCUUCCCUGAGAACAGCAAAGGUGCUUGCUGGGUAUAGGAUGAGCCCUCCCUCUGUCCUGCCUCCAGAGCUGCACUAGGCCUCUGCUGGGCAGGGGUGAAUGGACAGCCAAGUGAGGGGGGGAGAGUCUAAAGCUGUGGGGGGAGGGGAAGGGCGCAGUAGUGGAGUAUUGUCUGUGCUGAGCACUUCCCCUCUUCUGUCACUUGCCCAGUGCUGCCUACCUCAGCCAGCCACUGCUGCUAGCAGAGGGUUGGUGCUGGGAACGCUGGGCUUGAGUGCUGCUGCCGCCUGUUGCACCUUGAGCUGUUUCUCUGCUGAGAAGCAGGAUGGAGUUUAGACUCUCCAAUUUUAACUUAAACCGUUGGAGGUAGUGGGAAAGGCCUCUCAGUGCCUCUGUGGGGAGGAACUACCGCCACCUGGCUUUUCAGUCAUUUUUACUUGUCAUACUUUCUUCCCGGCCUGACCCCAUGCUGCUAUCCCUGUCCUGCUAAAGAGUGGGGAGGCUUAUGCUGCUGCUGCAAGAGUCCUACUUCUUGCUAAGGUCCUUUGUAAACCCUUGAAAGGGGUUGGGUUGGUUUUCCUCAAGCUGCAGUCAGUAAGAGCCAAGGGCUUGUGCUGUUUGGAUCACAGUGGCCCCUUAUUCUGUUAGCCAGGGACAAGAUCUUGCUCCUUGUUCUGGGCUUGCACACAAGCUUUUACCAAACUUACCUACUGCACAGACCCCUGCAGCCUUCUCCCAGCUAAAGGCCUCUCCAUGCAGGACGAGAUUCGGGUCCGUCCUAUUUACUAUUUUUUUCUAAAAAGAUCAAAUACUGUACAGUGUAAGGUAAGUUAUUGAGCACUGAAACUCCCUGUUCGUCAGCCUAGAGGUUGCAGUGUAAAUAAAAUCAGAACCCCUGAA